AUGGUCCGUUACGCCGCCGCUGACCAUGCCACUAAUCCCGAAAAGACCUCUCGUGCGCGAGGUGAAUACCUCCGAACUCACUUCAAGAACAUGCGGGAGGUCGCGGCCGCGCUGACUGGCCUCAAACUCACAAAGGCAUACACGUACCUUACGGAUGUUACAGAACACAAGCAAGUCAUUCCUUUCAGACGAUUUGCUGGCGGUGUAGGACGUGCGAGCCAGGCAAAGCAGUUCGGUACAACCCAGGGUCGCUGGCCUGAAAAAUCCGUCAAAUUCAUUGUCCGUCUGCUGAAAAAUGCUGAAUCCAACGCUGAUGCCAAGAAUAUCGAUGUUGAAGAUCUCUACAUAAAAAACAUCGUCGUGCAGCAGGCUCCCAAAACCCGCCGUCGCACAUACCGUGCCCAUGGUCGUAUCAACCCUUAUCAAGGUCACCCAUGCCAUGUUGAGAUUAUUCUCGCUGCCUCAGAGGAGGAAGUGGAGAAGAGCAAUGACAAGUCCAACGCACUCAUUGGCCUUAACAGACGGCAAAUUGCGAGGAAGCGAAUUGAGGCUGCCCGGGCAUAA